CGGUCGCGGUGCAGACGCCGCUCGCUCGCCGCCGCACUCAGGUAGUGGAGCCGGCGCUACCGGUAGCUCACACCGGGGCUGCCGGUGGCACCGGGACUGCCGGUAACACCGGGGCUACCAGUAUCACCGGGGCUGCAGGUUACACCGGGGCUGCCGGUAACAUCGGGGCUACCAGUAUCACCGGGGCUGCAGGUUACACCGGAGCUGCCGGUAAUAGCGGGGCUGAGGAGCCGCCGCCGCGCAGGGUAAGCGCAGCCCGGGCGGAGCGGGACCCCCGCGGGCACCGAGCGGGACCGGGGAACAUCCGGGCUACGCGGAGCACAGGUGGGCACAGCCCGUGGAGAUCCUUGCUGGCCAGGGAGCCGCGGAGGGACCCGGGCUGCUUCUCCUCCCGGAGCGCCCGCUGGGGCUGUGGGGUGUUCUGUGCGAGCAGCAGUGGGGCCGGGGGGUGAUUUGGUGGGUCCCAUCCUGGCGGGCAGGCAGCGGCGUGGGGGGAGCACGGAGAGGUCUCCUUGCCUUCCCCUGGGCUUCGUGGCAACAGGGCACCCGUGGGUGCAGGGGUGAGCGGUGGUGGCACAGGGGCUGUCACAUCGCUCACCGGGAUGGCUUCUGCUCCCCCUGGCCCCUCACUGGCCCGGGGCUGGCAGCGAUGGUGUGGAAGCUCGGCCAAGAGGUGGGAUUCCGUUGUGCUCCAGCUCCUCUGCCUGGUGCUCCCCAAGGCUUUGGCUCCAGCAGGGAAGCGACCGGGGCUGUGGCAGUGUCGUGCCUGCAGCUGGCACUCACACCCCGGUUCUCUGCUGCCUCAGGGAGCAAAUCUCCUCCUCUGCACACCCUCAAUUGUCCGCCUCUUACCCAGGAUCCAGGUCCCCAGCCCAGUCCAAGACGUGCCCCAGCACUGGGAGCACCAGCCAGUGGGGCAGCCAUGGUGGACAUGCUCGGGUCUGGGUACCAGCAGAGCCUCUUCCGUCUUGCCUGGCUGUGCCUGUUCUCCAUGCCGCAAGGUGGGGCCAAGGUGCUGGAGAAGACGUUUGAGGAGUGGAUGCGGUACCGUGAUGAGUGCCUUAGAAGGAUGGCGAGCGAGCCCUACCCAGCAGGGCUCUUCUGCAACCGGACAUUCGACAUGUAUGCCUGCUGGCCCGACGGGACCCCCGGCAUCACCGUCAACAUCUCCUGCCCCUUUUACCUGCCCUGGUUUGAGAAAGUGAAGCACGGGCUGGUGAGCCGUAGGUGUGGCGCUGACGGGCAGUGGGUAACGGUGAACGGCAGCCAGCCCUGGCGCGACUACUCGCAGUGCGAGGAGGAGACAGAGGCCACCGUGGAGGAGGAGGGUGCCCGCCGGCUGAUGGUGAGCUUCAAGGUGCUCUACACCGUGGGGUACUCGCUGUCACUCCUCACCCUUGUCUCUGCCCUGCUCGUCCUCACUGUCUUCAGGAAGCUCCGCUGCACCAGAAACUACAUCCAUGCCAACCUCUUCGCCUCCUUCGGGCUGCGGGCGACCUCGGUGGUGGUGAAGGACGCGCUGCUGGAGAGGCGCUGGGGCAUGGAGCUGGUGCGGGUGGCUGACUGGGAGGCUCUGCUGAGCCACGAGGCAGCGCUGGGCUGCCGGGCUGCGCAGGUGCUCAUGCAGUACUGCAUCCUGGCCAACCACUACUGGUUCCUGGUGGAAGCCGUCUACCUCUACAAGCUGCUCAUAGGGGCCGUCUUUUCUGAGAAGAAUUACUACAGGCUCUACCUCUACCUGGGCUGGGGGACCCCUGUGGUGUUCGUGGUGCCCUGGGUGGCCGCCAAGUACCUGAAGGAGAACGCGGAGUGCUGGGCGCUGAACGAGAACAUGGCUUACUGGUGGAUCAUUCGCAUCCCUAUCCUGCUUGCCUCCCUGAUAAACCUGCUGAUCUUCAUGCGGAUCCUCAAGGUGAUCCUGGCCAAGCUCCGGGCCAACCAGAAGGGCUAUGCAGACUACAAGUUGCGGCUGGCCAAAGCCACGCUCACCCUCAUCCCCCUCUUCGGGAUCCAUGAGGUUGUCUUCAUCUUCGCCACCGACGAGCAAACCACAGGCAUCUUGCGCUACAUCAAGGUGUUCUUCACCCUCUUCCUCAACUCCUUCCAGGGCUUCCUCGUGGCUGUGCUCUACUGUUUUGCCAACAAGGAGGUGAAGUCAGAGAUGAAGAAAAAGUGGCAGCUCUGGAAGCUCGACCACCCAGAGCUCUGCUGCGCCCAGUGAUGUGGCAACUGGCCCCGCAGAGCCAGGGAGAGGGGCUGGGGUGGGUGCAGGGACCCAGCUAGAGGGCAGCACUCCUGGGAUGUCCAUGCUGGGACCAGCACUCCCACUGUGCCACACUUGAAAGCACCGGAGCUGCUGUGGGGAUGUGCCCCCGCUGCUGUCCAAGGGGAGGCAGGUGCCUUUGGCUCUUACCAGGCACUGCUGCCCACUCAGAAGAGCCUCACCUCACUUGCUGAGCUGCAUGGGGGACGCUGCUCCUUUCUACCAUCAGCUACCUCUACUGGCAUGCACCAGAUGUGUUCAUGAAACCCCCUUCCCAUCCACACCAACCUGGGCACCUCUAGGAGGCGGUUGUGGCUGCUGGAGAGGAGCCUGUCCAUCAGCAGAGGACAAGCAGAAGGGAAUGGGAGAUGCUGCUCAGCCCGGCACUGCUGACACAGAUCUUCACCCCUUGCCUGGUGAACCAACACCUCCUGCUGCACUCUGGGCUGUGCCAGCACUGCUCCCAUCCAGGGCAUCACCUUCUUGCUCUCCUUGCCCUAAGGACCAUCUCACCAGCACGCCGAGAGCUCCCAGACAUCCACCCCAGAGCCAUCGUGCACAGUUCUCUGUAGGGAGGUGCUGCUGCUACACCUUCUCACGCUGCUCACCGCUGGUACAGAUCAUGGCAUCAGCUCUCCAGCAGCACAGAUCUGCACCUCGGGGGUUCUUCCUCUGAGCUCCUCCUGCAGCAGAUCCCCCAAGAUCCCUCACAGCAAACAGAGCCACAGCAGCAGCACUCAUGUAGCUUCCUGCAGUGCCCGAGCACUUGGACUGCACUCACCCUGCAUGUGAAGGGCAGCGCUGCUGCUCCCUCAGUGGCAGGGGAACAUCACACAGGAGUGUGAAGGACCCAGCCCAGCACCAACUCUGCAGCAGGGAGAGCUGCGAAGCCCGAGGCAGGAGCCACAUUUGGCUCACGGACUGUUUUGCUGGCAAAAGGCUGGUGUGUCUGAUUCCAGAUGUGCAACAGCUGGCAUUUGGGAUGUUUGCUUCCCAGUAGGGUGCCAAAGCCACAACUGCCACCGCUUGCUGAGCCCAGGGCGCCCAGGAGCACCUACACCUCUGCCUUUGCAAGCGAAGCAUCGAGCAGUGCUGCAUGUAUCUGGCUUACAGCUCCUUUCCUGGCACUGAAGCUCUGCUCCCAUGGGAGCAGAGAGCAGCUCAGAUGCCAUCCCCCAACCCCCUUGCUCUUACCUUCAGUAACAGCACAGGCAUGCUGCUAAGUCUGUGGUUAUGCUGCAUGAUGCUUUACCUUGGGAAAAGGCUGCUCUGAGAGGGAGGAAGCAGCUCUUGCUCUUCACUACAUGGAUAUAGGGGGCUCGAUAUCUCCAGUCCCCUCUGCUCUCAGGCUGGGACAGAGCCUUUUGCAGAUGCAGCAUUUCAAGGAAGGUGGCCUUGAGCCCAGAAAGGAAAGAGUCUGUGCCAGGCUCAGCUGAGCCUGAGGCUAGAGAGGCAUGCAGGGGUUUUCCUGGCUCCAUGUAACCCCUAUGAGCCCAUUUAACACAUUAAAUCUCUUCUCAGAUGUAAAUAAAUGUUUAUUUUUCAGCAAGCAGAGCAUGUUGCUUCUGUCAGCUCUGAGGGAGGGGAACAGAAGCAAAUGCAGCCAUAUAUGCAAGGGCACAGAUUUGUGCUUCAGCACGCACCCUCUCAGGUACAGGGCAUUAAACAGGUCCCCAGAGAGCCUGGCUCGACACAACCAGCCUCCCCCCCUGCCCUGUGCUUCCAGGUACUCCCUGAAACGCUGUGCAAGAUGGAGCUGAGAAGAAACAGUUCUCAACACAGAGGACUUUGAAUCUUGGCACAAAAGGGAAAGCUCUGGCUGCACACCAGCCCACUGCUGCGACUCUGUAGGACACACCACCUCUAAGAAACACUUUUAUGCUGAAAUACACCAAGAGCUUUAGUUUUGACCAGAAAGAGAUGGUAAUGUUACCCUAACCAAAGCUCUCUGUGAUAGCUGCUGAAUGGUGUCCUCUUCAGUACAUGGUUCUAGUGACCAAGAAGUUGGAUGAAGGUGUAGAACAGUCAAGAACAGCUCAGAAGUCUCAAAUCAGAGCUGGGCCCAAGGUGAGGGGAAAACACCAGCAGACCACUCGACAAAGCUUAAACUUUUGUCAUGCAACUGGGACCGCUGCAAGGCAAAAGCAGCGAUCCCAGCCAGGAAGGGACGAGCUGAGCCCUCAGGGGAGCACCCACUGUUAUCACCCAUGCAUGCUCUUCCUCUACAGCCCUGGCCCUGCCUGACCAUAUGAAUUCCCACAUCCCAUCCAGCAGGAGCCAGACAGGGCUGGGAAGCCUUGGAUAAGGCAGCCCCGCCAGCCCUCAGCACACAACCACAUGGGAAAGGAAGCUGGAAAGCACUGUAUGUAUUCCCAAUUGUCCUGAAAGAAAUGAGGGAGGCUAUUCACGAAUCAUACCACCUCAGCUCCCUCCAGAGAAACCCACACACCAGAAGGAGGUUUUCAGUUUUUAUUAUUUUAUCCAGGUCAGCAAACACUAUUUCACUGGGACAGCACCAGGCCCCCACUGCCUGCACAGCCCCCCUUUCAGCUCUGCAUGCUAUGUCAAGUGCCUCACUGAAGGGAUUCCCUCCUCAGGGAGACACUGGUCUAUAAAAUCCCCUUAGGCUACUCAAACACCCCUUUAAGCCUUUACAGCUGAGCUCCUGCAGCACCUUCUUGUGGGGCUCUCUUUUUCCUUCACAUAUACAGAGCUGCAUCUCACCCACUCCUUUUCCCAGGCCCCCAAACAUCCAUUGGAUGUACUCCCUUAACCCACCCAAAACCCCCUUUUCCACCCUAUGACCAAGUAAAGCCAGCACCAAGUCUGUGCAGUGUCUCCUUCCAGCCACCCUCUUUCCCACCCAGCUCUGAAGGCAUUGCUGAGCCAGGGCUGCCCUUACUCUCCAGAUGCUCCCAGGCCCACUCACUUGGGUUUAUGGGGGUUGGGUUGAGAUUUCUUUCGCUUCCAUGAAAACUUUUCCCCUUUCCCCACAGACAUCUUACCUGAAAUUCAAAUCUGGGCUUCUAAGGGACACAGCACUGAGCCCUGUGCUAGUGCAGCCAGAGACAGCACCAAGGCUCAGGGAGAGGGCAGUGCAAAGUGCCUUGGCACUCUCCACCACGGAAAAGGUAAGAGAGGAUAAAGCUCAAAAUAAUUUUCCUAGCACAGCCCCAAUACUCUGAGCAGCUUUCAAAGAUGCUGCCUUAGAAGAACUGGCUCCACCUCAGGGUGAAAUUUGCCUGUCCUUGGAGAUUACCCAGAACAGAACAAGAAUGCCUUGGCAAAGCUAUUUCCAAACACUAAAGCCUGGAAAUCAAAGGCAGGCAGUGGCUGAGGACCAAAGCUUUGUACCACAGCUACAUCUGGGAUGAUUUCUUUUGUGCAUCUCCCAUGUGGGAUAGAUCUAUCCUCCAGCUCGCAUCCUACCCGCCCUGGCACUCUGCUGCUUGCCAGAGGCACAGGAGACUCAAACUUUGUUCUCUCUCAUGUCCUUCCAGGGGAACAUCUGCCUUGUAAUCACUGUCAGUGUUGGGAUCUUGGCACUGAUGAACCAGACAGGCAGAAUCUCUGUCAUAAAGCACUCACCACA